AUGAAACAGGCCCUGCUCCUGCCCUUUAUCCUGCUGGGGACAGUUUUAGCUCUUCAUCUGGAAAAUGAUAUCCCCCACCUGGAGAUCCUAGAGACAGAGGUAGACCUGGGCCAGGAUCUGGAUGGUUCUGGGGACCAGGAUGGAGAGUUGGCUUUUACUGAUAAGCUGAUUAAGUCAGAGCAAGAAGAGGUCGAGGCUUCUGGCUAUCAAGAUGCCUUCAAGGAUGAGGUGGCCAUCGAGUCGUACUCAGCUGCCUUAAGAAAGGACUUGCAGUGCCCCAGAGAAGAGGACACAGUUCAAUUACAAGGAAGUCCUUGGUGCAAGGACUGCCACUACCGGUUGGUGAAGACCCUCAAGACAUUUAAAGAAGCCGAGAAUAUUUGCUAUCACUGUUACAAAGGCCACCUCGUCUCCAUCCACAAAUACCCUGAAAACCUUGAAAUUCAGCGUUUCGCUAGAAACCUCGAUCAGCCCCACAUCUGGAUCGGAGGCACGAUCAGGGGCUGGUGGCUGUGGAAGGGGUAUUGCUGGACUGAUGAGAGCCCCUGGAAUUUUGAAUACUGGGCUUCAGGGCAGCCUGAGAAUGGGAAUGGCCACUGUGUGACCCUAUGUACCAAAGACGGUCAUUGGGAACGAAUUUCAUGCGAGAGGACCCUGCCUUUCGUCUGCUCCGCCUAA